AUGAACGCGCUACGGACAGAGCUGACAUCCUGCAUCCUUGCUCCAUGGAUAGCAGAGAGUCACCCUGAUGACAGGUCUCCGGGCAACCCCCCUGAGACGGACGUAGCCCAGCCAGGCGGAGCCGUCCUCGCGCGAGAUGACGGAGUGCAGCAGGUCGCAGGUCGAGCGGAUGGCGUCCUCGCGGGCCUGGGGAGGCAGCGUCUCUAUCAUGGAGGCGCCCAUGAGCCUGACCCAUCCUGCAAUCCCGGUGUCAUUGGCAUCAUUGCUCCCAGAGUCUUUGCUUCUAGAGUCACUCUCGGUGAGCAUGGUCGGCCUGUACUCGACCUCGAGGGAGUCGACGACAAAGCCGAUGCCCUCGAGGGCGUCUCGCAUCCAGGCGGCCGAGGGGAAGAACCAGGGGCUGGCGUCUCUGGCCUGCUGCAGCGGCAAGCCAUGGAGCACGAGCGCAGCCAGCAGGGCAGCGUGGACCUCCGCGACGUUGCCGUGGCCGCCCAUUUCGAAGACAAAGACGCCACCGGGCCUGAGGCAGUCGAAGAUGGCCUGCAGGACGGGGAUUCUGGUGCUGGCGUCUCUCAGGAUCCAAUGCAGCGCUGCGUUGGACACUCUAUCAACCGUCAGCCUAACACAUCACAUCACAACACCCGUAUUCGUAGAGCCGUCGACGAUGUCGGUCUGUCCGAGCAGCCUGCAGUCGAGCACCCGGAAGGCCGCUGGGGACGAGGAUCCCGCCAGCCGCGCGCGCGCAGCCUCGACCAUGGCCGGCGACGAGUCGAGUCCCAGCACGGCGCCGACGGCAGAGACGAACCUGGCCGUGAACUGGCCGUCGCCGCAGCCGACAUCGAGCACUCUGUCCUCGCGGCGAGGCUGCAGCAGCUGCAGCACCGUGUCCGCCAGCCGGGGCACGAAGCUCGCCGCCGCUUCCUCAACCGCCCUCCACGCAGACAGAAGCCCCUAUCUCGCACCUCUGAGGACCAGCUGUCCUUUUCUUCUCCCUGCAUCUCCGUGUCUCCUCUUUGUGUCCUCUUUGUGUCUGCUUUGUCCUGUGUGAGUGUAACAGCUCGCCGGCGCCACCAAGCCCGCCGCCCACGCUCUGCCUGCAGCCACCGCGCGGCCAAGCUCGCCAAGGGCGCAGCUCGGGAUCGCAGGUCGAUAGAAGCUGCUGUCGAUGCCCUGAGCGGGAGAGAGGGAGGGAGGGAGAAGAGAGCAGGCGAUGGACGGGCAGCGGAAGAAGUGCUGGUGGAGGUGAAGGUGAAGAUGCCGGCGAGAGAUGAGACCGACGGAAGACUGGAAGACGGAAAUCUCUGCCAUUCUCUGCUGCUCCUCUGUCUUCUUCUACAGCAUCCUCAAUGCCUCAUGGAGCCCGCAGACGGACGAAGCGACGACAGCGACCGCUACGAGCAGCCGCAGAAGAACGACGACCAUGGGCAGAAGAAGAACGACGGGAAUGAGCCCUUCCCGGCGCUGCCAGAGCUGCCAGGCCCGCCAGAGACCCUUGAGAUGGCGACCCUCAGCAUCCCAAACACCCCAAACACUGCGAAUACUGCGAAUACCCUGAAUUCGCCAGCAUCACCAGCAUCGCCGGCUUCACGGUCGAGCUCGCCCAUCUCGGUGGCCUCGGGCGAGCUGGGCAUCGUCGCCUCGCGCCGCCCGACCACCGAGAGCGUCCUGACGACGGCCAGCAGACAGCCCAGCGGGCCCUUUGCCGGCCUGCAGCGCUUCUGGUGGGCGCACAUCUCCAUCCGCGUCCCCAGAAAGCAGAACCGCGACCACUUCGGUACUCCAAACACUUCUAUAUAUAUUGAUUGA